AAUUCUUCCGUCCUUCUUAAAUAUCUUUUCUUAGCUCCUGUGUGUUUAUUUUAGUUCUAAUAGGGGGUUGACAAGAAAAAAAGUGUGAAUUUGUCGAACGUUUCGCCUUCACUCGUCGACCCAGCGUGUAUCCUUAUUUUUCGGAUGUUUUUUAUUAUAUUUUCUGUCUUGAAAAGGUCGAAUGUAGUUGAAAUGAUUGUGGAAAUCGGAGACAAGUGCGGAUCGGCCGCCUUGGGUUGAAUGAAGGGUGUAAAGGCGGUGGAAAGCCGAAGUGGGGGCGGGAGGAGGUGCAGUGCGUGCACUCUGCACAUCUGGGGCCGUAGAGAAGAGUGUGCUACAUGGGCCGAGCCGGGGUCGAUACUUGCGCAUUGGAUCCGGGCGCAACGUACUCCGCCCGAUACACAUCGAGGAAGCAUAUCGAUACGGAAUCUCCCCCGAUACGAGAAGAGCCUCGUGCCGAUCCAGCUCCGAAUUUCCGGGUCUCCGGGAGUUCCUGCUGGGGGUCGACCCUAAAGGGGUUUGGGAGCGCUGCCGCUUUCGGAUCCUCGUCUCUCUCGGCCCGGCCGGUUCCGGGCCUUCGAACCCUGCGUCGGGGCGGUCCCGUCUAUUUCGAGUUCAGUUUGAACGGGGGUGGAUAUCGUGGGGAAAGCAGCCGGUGGGAAGGUAAUAUCGAGUAGUCGGGUCGAUAGUCGGGGCUGUGGAGGAUCGUGUCAGAGUCGGCCAUGCCCAAGCAUGCACUUUCGGUGCCAGUCACACGGCCCCAAACUACAAACUAGCUUUAUACCAAGCACCAGGUAAAGCUGUGAGUGGUGUGUCUGUAGUCCCGCCCUGUGUGUGUGUGCCUGUGAUAUGGGUGUUGUGAAGUGAAGUUACAUCGACGGCUCUACACGGAGGAGAAGCAGCGAUAACAAGGUAUCAGCAGAAAUGCCGGUGUCGCGGGGUGGGCUAGAAGCGGGUGGUAAACUAACGGCAGUCCGGGCUGGACCAUGCUAUAUAGUCGUCUCCUCGCCCCGUGGUUGCUAUGGCUUGCCCUCAUGCUGACAGAGACAGAGCCCACUGCCGUUAGGGAGACCACCCCCAGACAGGACAACAGCACCGAGUGCCUUGGACUCUGCGACUCGACUGCCCAGAGGAUAUGCGGCAGCAGAAUGACUGGAUGGGAAGAAGUGCGUUCGGCACACUGCGGGAGGAGGAUAGUUGACAGCAUCCCGUCCCUUCCAGCCGACCUAACCACCUGCUUAGCCGCCUUAAGGCACCUGAUACACCUCGACGCGGAGGCCUACCACCUUUCUCGCAACUUCCUGGCCAUCCUCAGCCGGUUCGACUGCCCCCAGCACUACUCCGUCAAGUUCAAUUGUCAGCAAUGUCAGAAAGCUUAUUUGGAUUGGAUAUGCAGUGCUAAGAUCAGUUUCUGGGAUAAAAAACGAAACAUAAAGCCAUGCCGAUCAUUUUGCCACAGGGUAGAACAACGAUGCCCUUUCUUCCUGCCUUUAGACAAAGGCCCAGCACAUUACGCUGGUGAGCCUACCUUCCUGUGCCUAGACCCGAACAUUGAGGAAACGGGGGAGCAAAUGGCAAAGUCUUCAUACGGGUCAAAUAAUUGUUGUUAUGAUGAGUGCGAAAAUGGAAUAUGCUCGAAAAACUCCUGUGAUGACGACUCGAGCCCUAAGCAGGAUACCUCAUCGGCUGCUUCCCACCCUACAAACCUCACCACUCUCAUCCUUAUGCUCACUUGUCUUAUUAUGUACAGGACUAGACUUCUCAUAUAGCACUUACUUAAAUAAAAAGCUCAUUUUGUGUCACAUUCAUUUUUCAUUAACGAUAUAAAUGUAAAUGUAUAUUUAUGACCGUAUGAUUUUCACGGCUUCCUAUUUGGAAGUGACGCCUCAUAGUGUAACAUUGAGAACACUAUUCAUUUAUGUGUGUAUAUAUGAAAUAUACUUCUUUGUGGCCUUGCAAAAUAAUAGAAAGAAUGAUCCUUUGUAUUGUCAACAGGAAUUAUUUGCUGGGCAAAAAACCCCUGCUGGUAUACACUGGAUGAUCUUAGUUUAAUAUGAAAUGUUAAAAUACGUUGUCAUUAGUUUUCAUACACACUUUUAUUUAUUAUAUUUGAAAAAGAAAAAGUUUUUAAAGUAAUAAAAAUUGUGUAUUUGCAUACAAAUUUUUAUAUAAGUGAACUGAAGGUUUUGUCUUUACCACAUGUUAUGAUAUCUUGAUGAAAAAUGAACUGUGUUGCAAUUAUAAAAUGUGAAGUGCAAAGUGAUACAUAAACUAAUUUAAUUUUACGGGAAUUUUCGUGCUUAUAUCUUUGAAAGUGGACAAAAACAUAAAUAAAAAAUAAUAGUCCAUCGGUGCCUGAGUGUUCAAUUGGCUGAUAGCCUUGGAAAAGUGAAUUGUGUUUGUGUCACAUCAAAUGUUAUUUGGUGAUAAACAUUAAACAAAAAAGACUAUUAAUUGUGAAUUUUUAAUAAGAUUAAACAUUUGUUAACCUCGAAAAUUAGGUGACAGAAUUGGUGUGUGUGUUCAAAAUUAUGUUUUAGUUUUUAACAUUAGUUUUAAUAUGUCCAACCCAACAAUUCAAGAAGAAAAAAAUAUUAGUUAAACAAGCUGUGGCAAAAGGAGAGUGUUCUAUUUAUUAUAAAAAUAAAAAGGUUUUAAGAUUCUGAAGACAUUUCCUAUUGUCACAGCUGUGUUAAGCUAUAGAUCUAAAUAAAUAUUUAAAAAAUAUAUUAAAAAAACAAAAAAACAAUUUUAAAAUAAAAUACUAGAAAUUCUGUUAGUUUGCCUAAUAAACAGGACACCAAAAGGGCUGGGGAUUACUCGGCAAGGCGAAAUUUAACAAAAUGAAUAAACAUGUUACAUAUGAAGUAACGCAGAAGGUUGUUAAAUUUGGAAAGGAUUUACACUGUUCCAUUGCCAUUGUAGAAUGUAAUAUACAUAGGAAUGAAAUAAGUUAAAUACCCAGCCCUCACUUGAUAAAGGCAACUUGUUGUUGGUAAAUUAUUUAAAAAGUUUAGGUACAAAUAGGACUGACAGUAAAUAAAGAAAAUAAAUAAGUUCCUUCAUGUAUUCAUUUUUAGGAACCACAAAAUAAGCUCUGAAGUAAGAUGCAAUAUUACUACGCAAAAAAAAAA